CCGUUACUGCUGUACGCCAACCGGCGUGACCUGCGGUUGGCGGAUGCCGGAGGAACAAAGGGGAACUCUACCGUGGUGGUCAGCGGCCUGGAGGACGCAGCAGCUGUGGACUUUGUAUUUUCUCGAGGCUUAAUUUAUUGGAGCGACGUGAGCGAAGAAGCCAUAAAGAGGAUUGAUUUCAACAAAACUGGGAGCAAUCAGGAUGUUGUCAUAUCGGGGCUGGUAUCGCCAGACGGACUGGCUUGUGAUUGGUUGGGAGAGAAACUGUACUGGACAGACUCUGAGACAAAUAGGAUAGAAGUCUCCAACUUGGAUGGCUCUUUACGGAAAGUAAUAUUCUGGCAAGAACUGGAUCAACCACGAGCAAUUGCCCUGGAUCCUGCCAGAGGGUACAUGUACUGGACGGACUGGGGUGAAGUGCCAAAGAUCGAGCGUGCUGGGAUGGAUGGCACACUGCGAGCGAUUAUUAUAGACUCUGACAUUUAUUGGCCCAACGGUCUGACUUUGGACUAUGAAGAGCAGAAGCUUUACUGGGCCGAUGCAAAACUCAGUUUCAUCCACAAGUCCAACCUGGAUGGCACAUUUCGACAAACUGUUGUGAAGGGCUCCCUCCCUCACCCGUUCGCUCUGACCUUGUUCAGGGACACAAUAUUCUGGACGGACUGGACAACACACUCUAUCCUGGCUUGUAACAAGUACACGGGAGAGGAGCGCCGUGAAGUGGACACCAAUAUCUUCUCUCCUAUGGACAUCCACGUGUUCAGCCAGAUGAGACAGCCAAAUGCUACCAAUCCGUGUGCUGGUCACAACGGUGGCUGUUCUCACCUGUGUCUGAUGUCACCAACGGAGCCUUUCUAUCACUGCGCUUGUCCUACAGGUGUGCGCCUCAAGGAUGAUGGGAAGACCUGCAUGCAUGGUGCUACGGAGCUGCUGCUUCUUGCCCGGCGGACAGACCUCCGGCGGAUAUCUCUGGAUACUCCUGAUUUUACCGACAUCGUGCUCCCUCUGGAUGACAUCCGCCAUGCCAUUGCAAUAGACUAUGACCCAGUGGAAGGUUACAUAUACUGGACGGACGAUGAGGUGCAAGCCAUUCGGCGGGCUCAGGUUGAUGGUUCCUCCAGUCAGUUCAUUGUUGUGUCUCAAGUAUCUCAUCCUGAUGGCAUCGCUGUGGACUGGGUGGCUCGCAACUUGUACUGGACGGACACGGGAACUGAUCGUAUCGAGGUGACGCGGUUAAAUGGAACUAUGCGCAAAAUUUUAAUAUCUGAAGAUCUUGAUGAACCCAGAGCCAUUGUCUUGGAUCCAAUCAAUGGCUGCAUGUAUUGGACCGACUGGGGAGAGAACCCAAAAAUCGAGCGUGCUGCAAUGGAUGGCUCUGAUAGGGUGAUUUUGGUGAACACCUCUCUAGGCUGGCCCAAUGGUCUUGCCCUGGACUACACAGAAGGGAAAAUAUACUGGGGAGAUGCCAAGACAGACCAGAUCGAGGUCAUGAACAUGGAUGGCAGCGGACGCAGGCUACUGGUGGAAGACAAGCUGCCACACAUCUUCGGUUUCACACUCUUAGGGGAUUACGUCUAUUGGACAGACUGGCAGAGGCGCAGCAUUGAGAGAGUCCACAAGCACACGGGUGAACGCGAGGUGAUCAUUGACCAGCUGCCUGACCUAAUGGGUCUGAAGGCCACAAACAUUCACAAGCUACCAGGUACCAACGCCUGUGCUGACAAUAAUGGUGGCUGCAGUCACUUGUGCCUCUAUCGACCUCAAGGACCACGUUGCGCAUGUCCAAUAGGGCUGGAAUUGAUCAAUGAUAUGAGGACUUGUAUUGUACCAGAGGCCUUUCUUCUGUUCUCCCGCCGUGCUGAUAUACGACGUAUAUCACUAGAGACCAACAAUAACAAUGUAGCCAUUCCAUUGACCGGUGUGAAGGAAGCCUCUGCUUUAGAUUUUGACGUGACCGAUAACCGCAUCUACUGGACAGACAUCAGUUUAAAGACAAUCAGUCGGGCGUUCAUGAACGGAAGUGCUCUAGAACAUGUGGUUCAGUUUGGCUUGGAUUAUCCUGAAGGCAUGGCUGUGGACUGGCUGGGGAAGAACCUGUACUGGGCAGAUACUGGCACGAAUCGUAUCGAGGUCUCCAAGCUGGACGGCAUGCAUCGACAGAUACUGGUGUGGAAAGACUUGGACAGCCCGCGGGCCCUGGCUCUGGACCCAGCAGACGGGUUUAUGUACUGGACCGAGUGGGGAGGAAAGCCUAAGAUCGACAGGGCUUCUAUGGACGGCAGUGAGCGUAUUACUCUAGUACCCAAUGUGGGCCGAGCCAAUGGUCUAACUAUCGACUACGCAGAGAGAAGACUAUACUGGACAGAUCUGGACACCAACCUCAUUGAGUCGUCAAACAUGAUGGGACAAGACCGUGAAGUGAUUGCUGAUGACCUUCCCCACCCUUUCGGGCUGACCCAGUACCAAGACUUUAUAUACUGGACAGACUGGAGUCUGCGAAGUAUCGAGAGAGCCAAUAAAACCAGCGGCCAGAACCGAACCAUCAUCCAAGACCACCUGGACUAUGUUAUGGACAUUUUAGUGUUUCAUUCCUCCCGACAAUCUGGCUGGAAUGAGUGCGCGUCCAGUAACGGUCACUGCUCCCACCUCUGUCUGGCCACACCAGUCAUCGGCUACACCUGUGGCUGUCCUGUUCAUUAUUCCCUGAACACAGACAACAAGACCUGCAGUGCACCUAGCUCAUUCCUGCUAUUCAGCCAGAGAAACGCCAUUAACCGCAUGGUGAUUGACGAGCAGCAGAGCCCAGACAUUAUCCUUCCAAUUCACAACUUGCGUAAUGUACGUGCCAUUGACUAUGACCCAGUGGAGAAGCACCUAUAUUGGAUCGACUCCCGGCAGACCAUCCGGCGUGCCCUUGAAGAUGGGAGCCAGAAUGUAACUGUGGUCUCCAACACAAACACUAACCAAAACCUGGACAUGCAACCGUACGAUAUGAGUAUUGACAUCUACAGCCGCUUCAUCUACUGGACAUGUGAAGCCACCAAUGUCAUCAAUGUUACACGUAUGGAUGGGCGGGCUGUAGGAGUAGUCCUGAAAGGAGACCAAGACCGGCCCAGGGCCAUCCUUGUUAACCCAGAGAGAGGGUACAUGUAUUUCACCAAUUUACAGGAGCGUUCCGCCAAAAUAGAGAGAGCUGCUCUUGAUGGGACUGAGCGAGAAAUUCUCUUCUUCACUGGCCUAAGUAAACCCAUUGCCCUGGCGCUGGAUAACAAGCUAGGAAAACUGUUCUGGGCUGAUUCAGACUUGAGACGGAUAGAGAGUAGUGACCUGUCUGGGGGGAACCGCAUUGUCCUCGAGGACUCCAAUGUGCUGCAGCCAGUAGGGCUCACCGUCUUUGGCAAUCACCUAUACUGGAUCGACAGGCAGCAGCAGAUGAUUGAGCGCAUUGAAAAAACAGGACAUGAAGGGUGCACGAAAAUCCAGGCCCGUAUCCAGUUCCUGACUGACAUCCAUGCAGUGACUGAGCUGAGCAUGCAGGAAUACAAGGAACAUCCAUGUUCUCAGGAUAACGGCGGCUGCUCUCACAUCUGUAUUGUAAAGGGAGAUGGAACAACUCGCUGUUCCUGCCCCAUGCACCUGGUGCUUCUCCAGGAUGAGCUGUCCUGUGGAGAACCCCCAACCUGUUCUCCUCAGCAGUUCACUUGCUACACGGGGGAGGUAGACUGUAUCCCUGCUGAGUGGCGUUGUGACGGUUUCACGGAGUGCGUGGAUCACAGCGACGAGCAAAACUGCCCCAUGUGUUCUGAUACUCAGUUCCAGUGUGCCAGCGGGCAGUGCAUAGAUUCCUCACUGAGGUGUAAUGGCGAUGCCAACUGCCAGGACAAGUCUGACGAGAAGAACUGCGAUGAAAUCUGCACACCGGAGCAGUUUCACUGCGGCAGUGGGCAGUGCAUCAGCAAACACCGGCGGUGCGAUCACAAACGAGACUGUAGUGACAGCUCUGAUGAACUGGGCUGCUAAGAACCGCCUCCACCAUCAACCAACACCAUUGGCUCCAUCAUUGGGGUUAUACUUACUGUUUUUGUGGUCGGUGGAGUUUACUUUGUGUGCCAGCGUGUGCUGUGUCCCCGCAUGAAAGGUGAUGGAGAGACCAUGGCAAAUGACUAUGUUGUGCAUGGGCCAGCCUCUGUUCCCCUGGGGUAUGUCCCUCACCCCAGCUCCCUCACUGGAUCACUGCCUGGCAUGUCACGUGGCAAAUCUGUCAUCAGCUCCCUCAGCAUUAUGGGUGGGAGCAGCGGGCCACCUUAUGAUCGUGCUCAUGUGACCGGAGCAUCAUCUAGCAGUUCUUCCAGUACCAAAGGAACUUACUUCCCGCCGAUUUUGAACCCACCACCAUCCCCAGCCACGGAGCGUUCACAUUACACUAUGGAGUUUGGAUAUUCAUCAAACAGCCCGUCCACUCACAGAUCUUAUCGACCAUACAGCUACCGCCAUUUUGCUCCUCCCACCACGCCAUGCAGCACAGAUGUGUGCGAUAGUGACUACACCCCCAGCCAUCGUCUGACCUCAGCCACAGCGAAAGGCUACACUAGCGAUCUCAACUACGACUCGGAACCAGUCCCCCCUCCACCGACUCCGCGCAGUCAGUACCUAUCUGCCGAGGAGAGCUGCCCGCCAUCUCCUUAUACAGAACGCAGUUACUCUCAUCAUUUAUACCCGCCACCCCCCUCUCCCUGCACAGACUCUUCCUGAGACCCCCAGCCUGUAUAUACACAAACCCUUUGGAGAGGGGUCCGUGGAAAGCUACAUGUACAGUUUUAUUUUCACAGAAGAACUCUUCAGAGGCGAGCAGGGAGUUCAGCCAGCGGACCUAUUUUGUACAUAGUGAAAAAGGAUAUUUAUAUAUUUUCUUAGCUCACUCUGUCAUCCCUGUGCCAUAAACCCAAAACCCAGCUCGUUCCCUCACCUAUCAAAGUUUUUUUGUACAAAGGAUUCCUGCUCCACAAGUAUAUUGUACAAAUAUAUAUAUAUAAAUAUCUAUUUUUGCAAACUGAACACACAAAAUGCCUUAAACGGACGCUGAGGAAGCAAAGAAGUCUUAAUGCCAAAAAGAUUCUGAGUGAUUAAGAAACGGGAAACGGAGUCCAGACCCAAGCGGAGCAGGCGGCAGUCUACCAGGAG